AUGGCGACGGAAGGCGCGAGCGGAGAGCCGGGCUCCGGCGCCCGGGAGGACGCGGCGGCCACGGCAGCGAAAAGAGAAUUUGAUGUGGAUAACCUAAGCAAAUCCGAGCUGCGCAUGCUCUUGAGUGUAAUGGAAGGCGAGCUGGAAGCCCGAGACCUUGUAAUUGAAGCCUUGCGGGCUCGGCGCAGAGARGUUUUUAUCCAGGAACGAUAUGGAAGGUUUAAUCUCAGUGACCCAUUUCUGGCUCUUCAAAGAGACUUUGAGGCAGGUGCUGGUGAUAAGGAAAAGAAACCCAUCUGCAUGAACCCUCUGUCCAUUUUAGAAGCUGUUAUGGCUCACUGCAGGAAAAUGCAAGAAAGAAUGUCAGCUCAGUUGGCUGCUGCUGAAAACAGACAAAAGAAGUUGGAGGUGGAAAAAUCUCAGUUACAGAGCCUUGAGCUGGAACACAAAAAGCUCUCUGCUCGUCUUGAAGAAGAACGUGGCAAGAAUAAACACGUAGUAUUGAUGCUGGUGAAAGAAUGCAAGCAGUUGUCUGGCCGAAUUGUAGAGGAAGCCCAGAAACUGGAAGAAGUCAUGUCCAAAUUUGAAGAGGAAAAGAAAAAGGCUAGUGAAUUGGAAGAGUCUCUUGCAGCUGAGAAACAAAGGAGCACCCAAAUGGAAGCUCAGAUGGAGAAACAGCUGUCCGAGUUUGACACAGAGAGAGAGCAGUUGCGYGCCAAACUUAACAGAGAGGAAGCGCACACCAGUGACCUCAGAGAAGAGAGAGACAAAAUGAUAAAGAUGAUUGAGCAGUUAAAGAAGGAAAAUGAGAGUAAAGCCAAUCUUUCUCUUCCUUGUAAAAAUAAAGAUCGGAGUUUGGUGUCUGUUUCUGUCGAAACAGAAGAGCCAAGUUCAAGAACUGUUGCCUGCCAAACAGAUCCUAUAGCAAUGGACGGUAGCACUGAAAACGUUAAGAAAUUGCCUUUGACUGUAUCUGUAAAGCCUGCUACAGCGACUCCACUGCUGUCUGGCAGUACGAAACCAAAUGUGUGCCCUAACGCAGCGCUUGUGAAACCUGCCAUCGACAGGCAGUCCUCGUGCAGUGAACUUGUCCCUCCCACAACGUCCGUUCAAACUCAGAGUCAAAAUAAAACUGAGGAAAAUGGACCAAGCACAGGCUUAUCACCUGAUUUACCCAGUAGCACUGCCCCUUUUUCAAAUAACGCUUCCCCUUGCACCCCUUCAACACCAACUAUGGCAACUCAGAAUUACCCAUUAGCUUCAUCUAUGCACAGCCUGCAUUCCCCAUCUGCCACCACUGCGGCACAGCCAGGCCUAAACCCGCGAAUCCAAGCAGCUAGGUUUAGAUUUCAAACCAAUGCUAAUGAUCAAGACCAAAAUGGAAACACAACCCAGAGCCCUCCUUCGAGGGAUGUAUCGCCCACGAGUCGCGACAACCUCGUUGCCAAGCAGGUAGCUCGGAACACGGUUACCCAAGUCCUUUCCAGAUUUACAGGCCCUCAGAGCGGUGCUCCUGUGCGACCUGGGAUGUCGCAUUCGAUGGAGGUUGGCACAUACCCCCCCGUCGGCAGGACGGGCUUAAAGACUCCCAGCGUAUCAAGAAUUGAUAGAGGCAAUCCUCCACCUAUUCCUCCUAAAAAACCAGGCCUUUCGCAGACUCCUUCACCACCGCACCCACAGCUUAAAGUUUUAAUGGAUAGUAGCCGAUCCCCAAACACAAGCGUAAAAAAUGACAACAAAUCCGCGACCUCGCCCCUUUCAAGUUCACCACAAGGAAUCAGGGUAAUAAAUGAGGAAAUUAUUUCUAAGUCCUCACCUCAGCUGCCACCAAAACCUGCUAUAGAUUUAUCUGUGGCACCUGCAGGCUGUGCCAUACCAGCCGUAGCCACGUCUCAGGUGGGUGCCUGGCCUUCCCACUUCCCUGGACUGAACCAACCUGCAUGUUCAGAAAAUUCCUUUGUCAUUCCCACCACCAUUGCCUGUAGCUCCUCCAUAAACCCUGUUAGUGCUUCAUCCUGUAGACCAUGUGAUUCAGACAGCCUCCUGGUAACAGCAUCAGGCUGGUCUUCCUCCCUAACCCCUUUGUUAACAAGUGGUGGUCCUGUCCCCCUGGGUGGCAGGCCCACCCUUCUUCACCAAGCUGCUGCCCAGGGAAAUGUCACUUUAUUAUCAAUGCUGCUUAAUGAAGAAGGACUGGAUAUUAAUUACUCUUGUGAAGAUGGCUAUUCUGCCUUGUAUUCUGCUGCUAUGAAUGGACAUACAGAUUGUGUGAGAUUGCUGCUGACUGCAGAAGCACAAGUUGAUGCUGCUGAUAAAAAUGGCUWUACACCCUUGUGUUCAGCAGUUGCUCAGGGACAUGUCAAGUGUGCAGAAUUAUUAAUUAUGUAUCAGGCUGAUGUUAACCAUGCUGCUGAAAGAGGACAGACACCUUUGUACUUGGCCUGUAAACAUGGAAAUAAUGAUUGUGUUAAGCUGUUGUUGGAAGGUGGAGCAGAUCGAACAGUAAAAACCAGYGAUGGCUGGACACCAAUUCAUGCAGCAGUUGAUUCUGGUAACGUUGACAGUCUCAAGCUCCUUAUGUACUAUGGAGAGCCAAGCAGUGGGACCUCUUUCAAUGAUACAGAGCCUAACUUAGACUACUUUGAUUUGGGGAGCAGAGAAGAGAGCUACAACAGUAAAGCGAAGCCUGUUAUAUCUGCGGAUCUCAUCAACCAUGCUGACAAAGAGGGCUGGACUGCUGCCCAUAUAGCAGCAUCAAAAGGCUUUAAGAACUGCCUGGAAAUCCUUUGUAGCCAUGGUGGACUAGAGGCUGAAAGAAAAGAUAAGUGUAAUCGAACACUGCAUGAUGUUGCUACUGAUGAUUGCAAACAUCUCCUAGAAAACUUAAAUGCCCUUAACUUACCUGUAAGGAUUUCAGUCAGUGGCACUGAACCACCCCAUUGUGGUACAGAGGAAUUCGAUAUAGAAAACACAAUAUGUGCUUUAAAUAUACGCAAGCAGACAUCGUGGGAUGAUUUUUCAAAAGCAGUGUGUCAGGCAGUGACAACCCAUUUUCAGGCAAUCACUGCUGAUGGAUGGAGGAGCCUAGAAGACGUGUCAUUUAAUAGUGCUGCAGAAUCCAGCAUUGGCCUGAGUGCAAGCAGUAUAUUAUCUGUCAAACUAGGAAACAUUUCAUGGUCAACGGGCCAGGUUUUUUCCCAACCACCAUGGGACUUUUUGAAGAGGAACAGAGCUGAGCAUAUCACAGUGUUUUUGUUGGGACCUCAAGAAGGCUGUCUAAAUAGUGUGACAUAUGCAUCUAUGAUCCAUCUUCAGACACUUCAGAAUUACCUCCGCCUUGUUGAACAAUACCGCAAUGUUAUCUUCCAUGGGCCAGAAGGAAGUUUGCAAGACUACAUAGCACAGCAGAUAGCGACCUGCAUGAAGCAAAAACAAGUGGCUGCAGGAUCCUCAUGUGAAAUAGUUAAAGUUGAAGUGGAUGCUGGUUUCUCCAAGGAGCAGCUUGCAGAAUUGUUCAUCAGUAGUGCCUGUCUGGUCCCUGUUAAACAGCCUACAGUAAGCAAGACAACCAUUGUGAUUUUAGAAAAUCUGGAGAGAGCUUCUUUAUCUGAAUUACUAGGAGAUUUUCUGGCACCUCUUGAGAAUCGUAGUUCAGAAAGUCCUUGCACUAUUCAAAGAGCAAAUGGAGUUUCUGAUGCCUUUUACUUUCAUGAGAACUGCUUUUUACUGGGGACAAUUGCAAAGUGUCAUCUUCAUGGCUCUGACCUGCUUGUUCAGCAACAUUUCCGUUGGGUCCAGCUUCGGUGGGAUGGGGAACCAAUGCGUGGCUUGCUUCAGAGGUUUUUAAGAAGAAAAGUUAUAAACAAGUUCAGGGGCAAAGUUCCUCCUCCGUGCGAUCCUGUAUGUAAGGUCAUAGACUGGAUUCUUGCCGUUUGGCACCAGCUCAACUCUUGCUUAUCACGUCUAGGAGCACCUGAAGCACUUAUGGGGCCAAAACACUUCUUCUCUUGUCCAGUGGUGCCUGGUCAUGGCCAAGUGACAGUGAAGUGGAUGUCCAAGUUGUGGAAUGCUGUGAUAGCUCCCAGAGUUCAAGAAGCAAUACUCUCCAGAGCCUCUGUAAAAAGACCAUCUGUACCAGGACAAACAAUAACCAAAAAAGGUCCUAGCCAAGGCCAACAAGCUGUUGUUAAAGCUGCUCUCAGCAUCUUGUUAAAUAAAGCUGUUCUACAUGGCUGUCCUCUUCCCAGAACAGAACUAGAUAAUUAUAUAGCAGAUUUCAAGGGAGGAAAUUUCCCUUUAUCCAUGGUUUCAAACUACAAAAGCAGUGGGAAGAAAAGAGGUGAGAAUGCUUCUUGGAGAAAAGUGAGCACAAGUCCUCGCAAAAAAUCAGGCCACUUAUCCUCCCAGUCGUGGAAUAAGCAGGAGACAAAUACUGAAGGUGUGAAGGCUAAGACGAUGUUACAACCAAACUGUAAAAAAAGGACUGUCUCCUCCAAAUCUUCAGACAAUGACAAAACCUUAAAUCUAGAGCAAAGGCUGUCCCUAGGUUCUGAUGAUGAGGUAGAUCUAGUGCAAGAACUUCAAAGUAUGUGUUCCAGCAAAUCRGAGCCUGAUAUAAGCAAGAUUGCAGAUUCUAAGGAUGAGCUAUUGAUGUUCAAUAGCUCCCAGAACAAUCCUGUAUAUUCAGCAAGUGAUACCAACUCAAGUGAAACAGCAUCACAAAAGGAUGGAAUCCGUCCUCUCAGCAGCAGUCGAACUGUGGAAAGCAGCAACAGUAAAUCAAAGACAGAGUUGGGUGUUUCAAGGGUUAAAUCUUUUCUUCCUGUGCCUAGGAGUAAAGUCACCCAGCCUUCUMAGAAUACUAAAAAAAAGCAGCAGCAGUAAUACAAGGCAAAUAGCGGCAGAUA